AUGGAGAAGGCUGCUCUUUACAGGGCCAAGGCUGACUACGGCCUGAGUGAGCUCACUCAUGCCACUGAAUCGUACCUGCACAGCAGACACAAAGGUCAGUAGGUCAGGGGUCGUGACCUCUCUUUUCCACUUCCUGUGGGUGGCCCUGCUUCCCGGGCACCGGUUGGCCCUGUGGCAGUCGCUUGGUCACAUGACAGCGGGCUUAUGGUGGCGACCGCCUUGUUUCCCUCUGUCAGGGCCUGUCUGCCCUCAACUGUAAUCUCACCCCUACUCCCCCCUCCUCUCCUCGCCCAUUCAUUAACCGUUUACAGGAUGCUCAGUGCUACAGUAGUGAAAGGACAGUGCUGGUGGUUAGCGUGUAUACUGUCCUAUAUGGAGCCCAGAGCUGUCAUAAGGCCCAGAGCUGUCAUAAGGCCCAGAGCUGUCAUAAGGCCCAGAGCUGUCAUAAAGCCCAGAGCUGUCAUAAGGCAUGCUUCCCAGCCGAAACAAUUCAUAUACAGUGGGGAAAAAAAGUAUUUAGUCAGCCACCAAUUGUGCAAGUUCUCCCACUUAAAAAGAUGAGAGAGGCCUGUAAUUUUCAUCAUAGGUACACGUCAACUAUGACAGACAAAAUGAGAAUUUUUUUCUCCAGAAAAUCACAUUGUAGGAUUUUUUUAUGAAUUUAUUUGCAAAUUAUGGUGGAAAAUAAGUAUUUGGUCAAUAACAAAAGUUUCUCAAUACUUUGUUAUAUACCCUUUGUUGGCAAUGACACAGGUCAAACGUUUUCUGUAAGUCUUCACAAGGUUUUCACACACUGUUGCUGGUAUUUUGGCCCAUUCCUCCAUGCAGAUCUCCUCUAGAGCAGUGAUGUUUUGGGGCUGUCGCUGGGCAACACAGACUUUCAACUCCCUCCAAAGAUUUUCUAUGGGGUUUGAGAUCUGGAGACUGGCUAGGCCACUCCAGGACCUUGAAAUGCUUCUUACGAAGCCACUCCUUCGUUGCCCGGGAGGUGUGUUUGGGAUCAUUGUCAUGCUGAAAGACCCAGCCACGUUUCAUCUUCAAUGCCCUUGCUGAUGGAAGGAGGUUUUCACUCAAAAUCUCACGAUACAUGGCCCCAUUCAUUCUUUCCUUUACACGGAUCAGUCGUCCUGGUCCCUUUGCAGAAAAACAGCCCCAAAGCAUGAUGUUUCCACCCCCAUGCUUCACAGUAGGUAUGGUGUUCUUUGGAUGCAACUCAGCAUUCUUUGUCCUCCAAACACGACGAGUUGAGUUUUUACCAAAAUGUUCUAUUUUGGUUUCAUCUGACCAUAUGACAUUCUCCCAAUCCUCUUCUGGAUCAUCCAAAUGCACUCUAGCAAACUUCAGACGGGCCUGGACAUGUACUGGCUUAAGCAGGGGGACACGUCUGGCACUGCAGGAUUUGUGUUACUGAUGGUAGGCUUUGUUACUUUGGUCCCAGCUCUCUGCAGGUCAUUCACUAGGUCCCCCCGUGUGGUUCUGGGAUUUUUGCUCACCGUUCUUGUGAUCAUUUUGACCCCACAGGGUGAGAUCUUGCGUGGAGCCCCAGAUCGAGGGAGAUUAUCAGUGGUCUUGUAUGUCUUCCAUUUCCUAAUAAUUGCUCCCACAGUUGAUUUCUUCAAACCAAGCUGCAUACCUAUUGCAGAUUCAGUCUUCCCAGCCUGGUGUCCUUUGACAGCUCUUUGGUCUUGGCCAUAGUGGAGUUUGGAGUGUGACUGUUUGAGGUUGUGGACAGGUGUCUUUUAUACUGAUAACAAGUUCAAACAGUUGCCAUUAAUACAGGUAACGAGUGGAGGACAGAGGAGCCUCUUAAAGAAGAAGUUACAGGUCUGUGAGAGCCAGAAAUCUUGCUUGUUUGUAGGUGACCAAAUACUUAUUUUCCACCAUAAUUUGCAAAUAAAUUCAUAAAAAAUCCUACAAUGUGAUUUUCUGGAGAAAAAAAAUCUCAAUUUGUCUGUCAUAGUUGACGUGUACCUAUGAUGAAAAUUACAGGCCUCUCUCAUCUUUUUAAGUGGGAGAACUUGCACAAUUGGUGGCUGACUAAAUACUUUUUUUCCCCACUGUAUAUUGUUCUGUGUGUGUCUGUGUGUGUGUCUGAUAUAUAUAUUGGUCCCAUGUUUCAUGAGCUGAAAUAAAAGAUCCCAGAAAUGUUCCAUAUGCACAAAAAGCUUAUUUCUCUCAAAUUGUAUGCACAAUUUGUUUACGUCACUGUUAGUGAGAAUUUCUCCUUUGCCAAGAGAUUCCAUCCACCUGACAGGUGUGGCAUAUCAAGAAGCUGAUUAAACAGCAUGAUCAUUAUUCAUUACACAGGUGCACCUUGUACCGUGGACAAUAAAAGGCCACCCUAAAAUGUGCCAUUUUGUCACACAACACAAUGCCACAGAUGUCUCAAGUUUUGAGGGAGCGUGCAAUUGGCAUGCUGACUGCAGGAAUGUCCACCAGAGCUGUUGCCAGAUAAUUUAAUGUUAAUUUCUCUACCAUAAGCCGCAUCCAACGUUGUUUUAGAGAAUUUGGCAGUACGUCCAACCGGCCUCACAACCGCAGACCUGCUGGAUCAUCGGGGGGAGAGGCGUUAAGUGGGUGGGCCCUAUGCCCUACCAGACCCACCCAUGGCUGUGCCCCUGCCUAGUCAUGUAAAAUCUAUAGAUUAGGGCCUAAUUAAUUUAUUUCAAUUGACUGAUUUCCUUAUUUGAACUGUAACUCAGUAAAAUAUUUUAAAUUGUUGCAUGUUUCGUUUAUAUUUUAGUUCAGUGUGUAUAUGUAUGAUGACAUUUUGUUAAUUUUGGACUUCGGUGAGGGUUUUUUCGGGUUGUUCGGGCACACGCAUUUUUUUUCUUGAGGCAAGCCGAAGUCGAUAGCCGAAGUCUACGCCCCUUCGUCUGUGAUUGGUCAACAGUAGGGAUUCUUCAGUAAAGUUGUUUUCAUGCACAUUAUUUUAUAGAGAAAUAUUGCAACAAACAUCUUAGUUAGAUGUAAAAUUACUCGACUAAGAUCUCCAGCAAAAACGUCAAUUAAUGACAGAUUUAUUGAGUUAUCUUCGAUUAAUUCGGACUAUUUUGAGGAAGCGUUUGCUGGCUACGGCGUCUCAAAAUGGACAAACAGUACUAUUGCCGCUUUCUUCUCAUUUUUCAAGCGAAGUCUUUUAAGGGAGUAUGAACCACUCGUUCAGUUCGCUUAGCCAACUACGGCUAGCCGCCAGCCGAACUGAAGCAUGCUGACGCCUUUUAUUGAGCAGCUUCUCCUCAACCUACUUCUACUCCCUUCUCACAGCCUCUCCCUCCUCACAGCCUCUCCCUCCUCACAGCCUCUCACAGCCUCUCCCUCCUCACAUCCUCUCCCUCCUCACAGCCUCUCCCUCCUCACAGCCUCUCCCUCCUCACAGCCUCUCACAGCCUCUCCCUCCUCACAUCCUCUCCCUCCUCACAUCCUCUCCCUCCUCACAUCCUCUCCCUCCUCACAGCCUCUCCCUCCUCACAGCCUCUCCCUCCUCACAGCCUCUCACAGCCUCUCCCUCCUCACAUCCUCUCCCUCCUCACAGCCUCUCCCUCCUCACAUCCUCUCCCUCCUCACAGACUCUCCCUCCUCACAUCCUCUCCCUCCUCACAGCCUCUCACAGCCUCUCCCUCCUAACAUCCUCUCCCUCCUCACAGCAUCUCCCUCCUCACAUCCUCUCCCUCCUCACAGCCUCUCCCUCCUCACAUCCUCUCCCUCCUCACAGCCUCUCCCUCCUCACAGCCUCUCCCUCCUCACAGCCUCUCAACAGCCUCUCCCUCCUCACUCCUCUCCCUCCUCACAGUAUCUCCCUCCUCACAUCCUCUCCCUCCUCACAGCCUCCUCCUCCUCACAGCCUCUCCCUCCUCACAGCCUCUCCCUCCUCACACCUCUCCCUCCUCACACAGCCUCUCCCUCCUCACACCUCUCCCUCCUCACAUGCCUCUCACAGCCUCUCCCUCCUCACAUCCUCUCCCUCCUCACAGUAUCUCCCUCCUCACAUCCUCUCCCUCCUCACAUCCUCUCCCUCUCACACCCUCUCCCUCCUCACACCAGCCUCCCCCCUCCUCACAGCCUCUCCCUCCUCACAGCCUCUCCCUCCUCACAUCCUCUCCCUCCUCCACAGCCCCUCUCCCUCCUCACAGCCUCUCCCUCCUCACAGCCUCUCCCUCCUCACAAUCCUCUCUUCCCUCCUCACAGUAUCUCCCUCCUCACAGUCCUCUCCCUCCUCACACUCUCCUCCUCCCAUCCUCUCCCUCCUCACAUCCUCUCCCUCCUCCCACCCUCUCCCUCCUCACAGCCUCUCCCUCCUCACACCUCUCCCUCCUCCACAGCCUCUCCCUCCUCACAGUAUCUCCCUCCUCACAUCCUCUCCCUCCUCACAUCCUCUCCCUCCUCACAGCCUCUCCCUCCUCACAAACCUCUUCCCUCCCACACUCUCCCUCCUCACAGCCUCUCCCUCCUCCCCUUCCCUCCUCACCUCCCCUCCCUCAACUUCACAGCCCUCUCCCUCCUCACACCUCUUUCCUCCUCACAGUCUCUCCUCCUCACAGCCUCUCACAGCUCUCUCCUCCUCACAGCCUCUCCCUCCUCACAGCCCUCAACAGCCUCUCCCUCCUCACAUCCUCUCCCUCCUCAGUAUCGUCCCUCCUCACAGCCUCUCCCUCCUCACAGUCUCUCCUCCUCCCCUCACAGCUCUCCUCUCCCUCUCCCUCCUCACAUCCUCUCCUCUCUCUCCCCUCCUCCACUGCCUCUCACAGUUCCUUCCUCCUCACAUCCUCUCCCUCCUCACCGCCUCUCCCUCACUACCUCUCUCCCCUCCUCCACCGCCUCUCAAUCCCUCUCUCCCAUCCCUCCUCUCUCUCCUCUCUUGCUUUUCCUUACCCCCCUCCAAUCCUCACUGUCCUCCAUGCCAGGCAAACUAAUGUGGUAAAUACAAUUUUGCAUACAGCUGCUGGGAUGCCAUCUGAGUUUGUCCACGUGGGGAAAUCAUGGUUAGUGUGUACUGUAAGGUGUUUGAUGGAAGAAGACGGAACAGAAUAUCAUUUUAGUCUCCUGCCGGGGGCUUUGCAUUUAGACAUAUGGGGGGAGGGAAAGCAGUGUGUUGCCAUGGCAACAAAUCCUAAUUAGCGCGUGCUGAAUGGGACUACUUCUCUGGCCGUAGCCCAGUGUAUCUGGAGCUCAGUCCUCUGCUCGGCCUACUUACUCAUGGGAGCAGGGAGACACUGGGAUCACAUCCAACGCUCCAGGGCUUCAGACUAGACCAAAGUGCCAAGCUACGGGGACACGGACGGGAUGGGUCGGACACUGCCGUCAAUAACUCCAGUCAAAUGUAUUCAUUUACUGUUCGCUCCAGUCAGUAGCUAUAAAUCUUGUAUCAAUGCAAUGUCUACAUUUCACAAUAGAUGUGGGAUUACUUGGAUAUUUAGCUUGAGGUUCUUAAGGUGUUUGAUGGUUGUCCCGUGUAGCUCAGUUGGUAGAGCAUGGCGCUUGCAACGCCAGGGUUGUGGGUUCGAUUCCCACGGGGGGCCAGUAUGAAAAUGUAUGCACUCACUAACUGUAAGUCGCUCUGGAUAAGAGCGUCUGCUAAAUUACUAAAAUGUUAUUUCUCAUAAACCCAUUUUACUAUAGAUGUGGUAGCUUGAGGUGUUUGAUGCUUGUAUUCCUUGUGAACUCUUUGAAAGCAGUGUUGGUUAUUAGGGAAGUGCCCAGAACAGGUUGAGUCCUGCUAGGGCUGGGCGAUAUGGCCUAACUUAUGGGUGAUUCAGCAUGCUAGCCUGUCCACUUUGUUCAGAUGUUGAAAUCAAGUGGCCUACCUUAUUUCUCAGAAUGAGAACGAGUUGCCAAUUCCUUAUAAAAACAACGACUCCCAUUGUCAGGGCGGAGACGUGCAUCUCGUCAUUAUAUACAGAUCUCUGGUGUAAAUGGGGAAACGAAGGAGACGAGACCAAAAAUACAACAUUGAGUACAAGAGGACAUAAACGCACAACAAAACCUUGAUUCUUGCGAUACAGACAUUUGGAAUAUCGCGCAAAAACAUACAUUUGAAGGUCAGGAAGAACUCCCCACGUAGGUCAGGAAGAACUCCCCACGUAGGUCAGGAAGAACUCCCCACGUAGGUCAGGAAGAACUCCCCACGUAGGUCAGGAAGAACUCCCCACCAUAGGUCAGGAAGAACUCCCCACCGUAGGUCAGGAAGAACUCCCCACGUAGGUCAGGAAGAACUCCCCACCGUAGGUCAGGAAGAACUCCCCACCGUAGGUCAGGAAGAACUCCCCACCGUAGGUCAGGAAGAACUCCCCACCGUAGGUCAGGAAGAACUCCCCACGUAGGUCAGGAAAACUCCCCACGUAGGUCAGGAAGAACUCCCCACGUAGGUCAGGAAGAACUCCCCACGUAGGUCAGGAAGAACUCCCCACCGUAGGUCAGGAAGAACUCCCCACCGUAGGUCAGGAAGAACUCCCCACGUAGGUCAGGAAGAACUCCCCACGUAGGUCAGGAAGAACUCCCCACCGUAGGUCAGGAAGAACUCCCCACGUAGGUCAGGAAGAACUCCCCACGUAGGUCAGGAAGAACUCCCCACGUAGGUCAGGAAGAACUCCCCACCGUAGGUCAGGAAGAACUCCCCACCAUAUGUACAGCAUUAUCAGUCUUUAUCAGCCUUCUUUAUUUCAGGGUGUGUCCUCAGUAGCUUUUCUUCACUGAUCUGUUAUUUUCUGCUGUAAUGUUCCACAAUAAAAUAAACUGAGAACAUUUAACAGUAUCCAUUUCUCUCGGAUGACUCUCCCCUCUCCCCAGACCUUACUGACUGUCCCCUCCUCUCCUUUCCCCAGACCUUAUUGACUGUGUCCUCCUCUCCCCUCCCCAGUCCAUACUGACUGUCCCCUCCUUUCCUCUCCCCAGACCUUACUGACUGUUUCCUCCUCUCCUCUCCCCAGACCUUACUGACUGUCCUCUCCUCUCUCCUCUCCCCAGACCUUACUGACUGUUUCCUCCUCUCCCCUCCCCAGUCCUUACUGACUGUCCCCUCCUCUCCUCUCCCCAGACCUUACUGACUGUUUCCUCCUCUCCUCUCCCCAGACCUUACUGACUGUCCUCUCCUCUCUCCUCUCCCCAGACCUUACUGACUUUCCUCUCCUCUCUCCUCUCCCCAGACCUUACUGACUGUCCUCUCCUCUCUCCUCUCCCCAGACCUUACUGACUUUCCUCUCCUCUCUCCUCUCCCCAGACCUUACUGACUGUCCUCUCCUCUCUCCCCUUACUGACUGUCCCCUCCUCUCCUCUCCCCAGACCUUACUGACUGUCCCCUCCUCUCUCCUCUCCCCAGACCUUACUGACUGUCCCCUCCUCUCCUCUCCCCAGACCUUACUGACUGCUCCUCUCCCCCAGACCUUACUGACUGUCCUCUCCCAGACCUUACUGACUGUCUUUCUCCUCUCGCCCAGACCUUACUGACUGUCCCUCCAUCCUCUCCUUCCUCUCCCCAGACCUUACUGACUGUCCUCUCCUCUCUCCCCUUACUGACUGUCCCCUCCUCUCCUCUCCCCAGACCUUACUGACUGUCCUUCCGCUCCUCUCCCCAGACCUUACUGACUGUCCCCCCUCCUCUCCUCUCCCCAGACCUUACUGACUGUCUCCUCCUCUCCUCUCACCCAGCCUUACUGACUGUCCUCUCCUCUCUCCUCCUCUCCCCAGGCCUUACUGACUGUCCUCUCCUCUCUCCUCCUCUCCCCAGUCCUUACUGACUGUCCCCUCCUCUCCUCUCCCCAGACCUUACUGACUGUCCCCUCCUCUCCUCUCUCCAGACCUUACUGACUGUCCCCUCCUCUCCCCAGUCCUUACUGACUGUCCCCUCCUCUCCUCUCGCCCAGUCCUUACUGACUGUCCCCCUCCUCUCGUCCUCCCCAGACCUUACUGACUGUCCCCUCCUCUCCUCUCCCCAGGACCUUACUGACUGUCCCUCCCCCCCUCCCUCCUCCUCUCCUCUCCCCAGACCUUACUGACUGUCCCCUACUCUCCUCUCCCCAGACCUUAACUGACGGUCCCCUCCUAUCCUCUCCCCAGACCUUACUGACUGUCCCCUCUCUCCUCUCCCCAGACCUUACUGACUGUCCUCUCCCCAGACCUUACCUGACUGUCCCCUCCUCUCCUCUCCCCAGACCUUACUGACUGUCCCCUCCUCUCUCCUCUCCCCAGACCUUACUGACUGUCUCCUCCUCUCCUCUCCCCAGACCUUACUGACUGUCCUCUCCUCUCUCCUCUCCCCAGACCAUACUGACUGUCCUCUCCUCUCUCCUCUCCCCAGACCUUACUGACUGUCCUCUCCCCAGACCUUACUGACUGUCUCCUCCUCUCCUCUCCCCAGACCAUACUGACUGUCCUCCCGCUCCUCUCCCCAGACCUUACUGACUGUCCCCUCCUCUCCUCUCCCCAGACCUUACUGACUGUCCCCUCCUCUCCUCUCCCCAGACCUUACUGACUCUCCUCUCCCCAGACCUUACUGACUGUCCCCUCCCCUCCUCUCCUCUCCCCAGUCCUUACUGACUGUCCCCUACUCUCCUCUCCCCAGACCUUGCUGACGGUCCUCUCCUCUCCCCAGACCUUACUGACGGUCCCUCCUCUCCCCAGACCUUACUGACUGUCCCCUCCUCUCCUCUCCCUAGACCUUACUGACUGUCUUCUCCCCAGACCUUACUGACUGUCUUCUCCUCUCCCCCAGACCUUACUGACUGUCCCCUCCUCUCCUCUCCCCAGACCUUACUGACUGUCCCCCUCCUCUCCUCUCCCCAGACCUUACUGACUGUCCUCUCCCCAGAUCUUACUGACUGUCCCCUCCUCUCCUCUCCCCAGACCUUACUGACUGUCCUCUCCUCUCUCCUCUCCCCAUACCUUACUGACUGUCCUCUCCUCUCUCCUCUCCGCAGACCUUACUGACUGUCCUCUCCCCAGACCUUACUGACUGUCUCCUCUCCUCUCCUCUCCCCCAGACCUUACUGACUGUCCCCUCCUCUCCUCUCCCCAGACCUUACUGACUGUCCCCUCCUCUCCUCUCCCCAGACCUUACUGACUCUCCUCUCCCCAGACCUUACUGACUGUCCCCUCCCCUCCUCUCCUCUCCCCAGACCUUACUGACUGUCCCCUACUCUCCUCUCCCCAGACCUUACUGACGGUCCUCUCCUCUCCCCAGACAUUACUGACGGUCCUCUCCUCUCCCCAGACAUUACUGACUGUCCCCCUCCUCUCCUCCUCUCCCCAGACCUUACUGACUGUCCUCUCCCCAGACCUUACUGACUGUCUUCUCCUCUCCCCAGACCUUACUGACUGUCCCCUCCUCUCCUCUCCCCAGACCUUACUGACUGUCCCCUCCUCUCUCCUCUCCCCAGACAUUACUGACUGUCCCCCUCCCUCCUCUCCCCAGACCUUACUGACUGUCCCCUCCUCUCUCCUCUCCCCAUACCUUACUGACUGUCCCCUCCCCUCCUCUCCUCUCCCCAGACCUUACUGACUGUCCCCUACUCUCCUCUCCCCAGACCUUACUGACGGUCCUCUCCUCUCCCCAGACAUUACUGACGGUCCUCUCCUCUCCCCAGACAUUACUGACUGUCCCCUCCUCUCCUCUCCCCAGACCUUACUGACUGUCCUCUCCCCAGACCUUACUGACUGUCUUCUCCUCUCCCCAGACCUUACUGACUGUCCCCUCCUCUCCUCUCCCCAGACCUUACUGACUGUCCCCUCCUCUCUCCUCUCCCCAGACAUUACUGACUGUCCCCUCCUCUCCUCUCCCCAGACCUUACUGACUGUCCCCUCCUCUCUCCUCUCCCCAUACCUUACUGACUGUCCCCUCCUCUCUCCUCUCCCCAGACCUUACUGACUGUCCCCUCCUCUCUCCUCUCCCCAGACCUUACUGACUGUCCCCUCCUCUCUCCUCUCUCCAGACCUUACUGACUGUCUCCUACUCUCCUCUUCCCAGACCUUACUGACUGUCCCCUCCCCAUCUCUCCUCUCCCCAGACCUUACUGACUGUCCCCUCCUCUCGUCUCCCAGACCUUACUGACUGUCCCCUCCUCUCGUCUCCCCAGACCUUACUGACUGUCCCCUCCUCUCGUCUCCCCAGACCUUACUGACUGUCCCCUCCUCUCGUCUCCCCAGACCUUAUUGACUGUCCCCUACUCUCCUCUCCCCAGACCUUACUGACUGUCUCCUACUCUCCUCUCCCCCAGACCUUACUGACUGUCCCCCUCCUCUCCCCAGACCUUACUGACUGUCCCCUACUCUCCUCUCCUCCCCAGUCCUUACUGACUGUCCCCCUCCCCAUCUCUCCUCUCCCCCCAGACCUUACUGACUGUCCCCUCCUCUCCUCUCCCCAGACCUUACUGACUGUCCCCUCUCCUCCUCUCCUCUCCCCAGACCUUACUGACUGUCCCCUCCUCUCCUCUCCCCAGACCUUACUGAUUGUCCCCUCCUCUCCUCUCCCCCAGACCUUACUGACUGUCCCCAUCCUCUCGUCUCCCCAGACCUUACUGACUGUCCCCUCCUCUCCUCUCCCCAGACCUUACUGACUGUCCCCUCCUCUCUCCCCAGACCUUACUGACUGUCCCCUCCUCUCUCCUCUCCCCAGACCUUACUGACUGUCCCCUCCCCUCUCCUCCUCUCCUCUCCCCAGACCUUACUGACUGUCCCCUCCUCUCUUCUCCCCAGACCUUACUGACUGUCCCCUCCUCUCCUCUCCCCAGACCUUACUGAUUGUCCCCUCCUCUCCUCUCCCCAGACCUUACUGAUUGUCCCCUCCUCUCCUCACCCCAGACCUUACUGACUGUCCCCUCUCUUCUCUCCCCAGACCUCCCCUGCCAGAGAGCUCCAUGGAGAAGAUGAAGAAGUUUAGGAGGAGGCUGUCCCAGACUCUGCGAGGGAGUCAGACCAUCGAUGAGUCUCUGUCUGAACUGGCUGAACAGAUGAACACAGAGGAGAAUGGCAUCAAGGACAGCGGUGAGGGGUGGUGUGUGUUUGUGAUGGACAGAGUGUGUGAAUGGAUGAAUGAAUGUGUGGUUAUGUGGAUGUAACGUGAGUCACUGUUUCUGUUUGAUACUACUCACUACUAUGAUACCACUCACUACUCAUUAUUAUUCCUCCAAGUUAGGGGCUAGACGGUUGUAUGUAGCCUGUGAGGCGUCAAAACAAAGAUAGUGUGACAUAGCUAGUUAAUGAUCUCUCAGCUGAUAUUAAGCCUUCCAGGGAUAGUCUGGUGUCUGGUGUUGUCGUUGGCUGCCAUGGUGUUGCUAUGGUGCUGGCUUCUCAGGGUCUCGAACGUUCUAGAGUUUCCAUGACAUUGCCACAGUGACUUAGAGGACUCCGUGAAAGCAGCUGAGCAUCUUGAAGCACAUUUCUCUCCUCCUUCUCUGUUCUCUGUCUCUCUCGCUCGCUCUUUACAUCACCAGGCUUUAUCAAUGUUUUCCCCAGCUUCCCAGCUCCCCUCUACUUUUCUUCAACAGCUCCCCUCUCUUCUCUCCUUUAACCCAGCUUCUCUCUCUCUCCUUCCCUCUCUUCUCUCCUUUAACCCAGCUUCCCUCUCCUUCCCUCUCUUCGCUCCUUUAACCCAGCUUCCCUCUCUUCUCUCCUUCCCUCUCUUCUUCUCUCCUUUAACCCAGCUUCCCUCUCCUUCCCUCUCUUCGCUCCUUUAACCCAGCUUCCCUCUCUUCUCUCCUUCCCUCUCUUCUCUCCUUCCCUCUCUUCUUCUCUCCUUUAACCCAGCUUCCCUCUCCUUCCCUCUCUUCUUCUCUCCUUUAACCCAGCUUCCCUCUCCUUCCCUCUCUUCGCUCCUUUAACCCAGCUUCCCUCUCUUCUCUCCUUUAACCCAGCUUCCCUCUCCUUCCCUCUCUUCUCUCCUUUAACCCAGCUUCCCUCUCUUCUCUCCUUCCCUCUCUUCUCUCCUUCCCUCUCUUCUUCUCUCCUUUAACCCAGCUCCCCUCUCCUUCCCUCUCUUCCCUCCUUCCCUCUCUUCUUCUCUCCUUUUAGCCAGCUCCCCUCUCCUUUUCUCCAACAGAGGAUGUUGCUAUUCACUCAAUCAUCUCAUCCCAUGUUUUUUUUCUGGGCUUUUAAAGAGCUUUUAACUCCAGAUCUGCCCUGAUUGUUCCCUGCUCAUGAUUAGGGACAGAUUAGGUGUGUGUGAUAAUGAAGUUGUGUGGAGGAGGAUGAUUGACGUGCUUGUGCCUGUGUGUUCUGUGCGGAGGGGAUUGUGUUGUGGCAGUCUGCUGCGUGUUCCAAUAGAAGUUGAGGAGACCGAACGGAGUGGUCAGAUAGAUGAGGAGAGAUGGUGUGAUGGGGAGGAGUCCUAAUAUCAUAGUCUUGAUCUGAUUUUAUAUAACACUACAACACAGCAGUAGUAGUGGAAUAAGAGAUGUGGUGUGUGUGUGUGUUAUCAAGUAACGGUGUAGGAGGGAGUGUGUUUGGUCAUCUGUUGUUUUGACAGACUGUGUUUUCUCUCUGAUUUAAUGUUCUUCCUCCAUCUUUGAUCUUAAUCCUAUUGUUAAUGUUCUCUAUAUCCCUCUCUCUCUCUGUAUUCAUGUAUUCUUAUCUUUAUCUGUCCAGACACAAGGCCUAAUAAUACCUAAAGACCUUGCAUAUCCUGACAAUAUGCCUAGUUUUAGGCCUUGGGUUUUCCCUGGUCAGGUUACUUGGUUCGGGGAAACCUCCUGGUUCCGUCUAUGCUAAACAAUACAGGUUAAGGUAGUCCUGUAUUGAUGAUUCACACAGUUCUCUCUUCCUACCCCCCCCAGGGACCAUGGUGCAUAACGGUCACGGUCUUCCACCCUCGGCCCACAGUGUUCACUCCUUCCUGCACCAGUACACUAGUUCCUUCAAGAAGCCCCCACUACGGAGACCCCAGAGUGUCAUAGGAGGAGGAGGGCUAGGGUCUCUGGUGGCCAUGCAACGCAACGGCAGCCGCCUCGGUGAGACAACACACACACACAGGCAUGGACACACACACACACAGGCAUGGACACACACACACACACACACACAGAGUGUCAGUUGAGCCAGGAGAGCAGGUAGGACAGUGGAAACUGACCAGGGAGUGGUUGCUGCUAUAGUUCCCAGCAGCAGCAGCAGUGGAUGACGUUGAGUUGAUGGAAAGAAUAACAUUCACUCAUACGUUUAUGGGGCCCCUGCUCUUAUCAAGUACUGAUUAUACAGUCGUCCUUGUCAGGGCGUGCAUUUUUUGCCAUAUUGACCUCAUCCUGUAAAAAUGGCUCAUCUCUCUCUCUCUCUCGCUCUCCUCUCCUAUCUCUCAUCUCUCUCCCUCUCUCUUAGACAUCGUCCAUGAGAAUAUGAAGAUGGGCUCUGACGGAGAGAGUGACCAGGCAUCAGGGACGAGCUCAGACGAGGUUCAGUCCCCCACAGGGGUGUGUCUGAGGAACAGGGGCAACCGACGCAUCUCUGCAGAGGUACGUCUAGCCCACCGUCUCCCACCUUCAUCCAUCCAUCUGUCAUCCCUUCAUCCCUUCACCGCCCACUCAGGGGUGGAGGAGGAUAGGAAGGGGUGGAGGAGGAUAGGAAGGGGUGGAGGAGGAUAG